AUGGAGAGAAUCAACUCGAAGCUGUAUCUGCAGAACUGCUUCAUCAUCAAGGAGAACGAGAGGCUGAGGAAGAAGGCGGCGCUGCUGAACCAGGAGAACCAGGCCCUGCUCUCCGAGCUGAAGCAGAGGCUCGCCAAGGCCAGCCAGGCCCACAACGCCGCCAAGGGGAUCUCCUCGUCGGAGCCCAGCUCGCCCCCUACUCCCCUCCUCAAGGACGCCGGCGACAGCAAGCCCUGA